CACAGCUGCCCCAGUCGUGUUAAAUGAGUGCGCGAAAAAAAACCACCUCCAACCCUUGCUUCGGCACACUGAGCUGCCCAGGCUGGACAAGGCUUGACAAGGCCCUCUGCUCGACGGGAAAGCAGAGCGAAGAAGCAAGAAACCCAGCUAAUUCAUAUUAUUCCUGCACGGUGUGAUGACGUGCCCCGCCCUGCCCCAGAUAUCCCAAGCCCCUGGAUCCCGGGCGGCAUCACACCCACACUCAGAUACAAAUCUACCGCGGGCCCGCGAUGCCUCCAUUGUUAGAUUCCUUUCUGGCCUCACCCACUGAGCAAGCCUCAUAGCGUCUGUCUCUCCUUCAGCCCAUCGGCACUCCGACGUCACGACACUCUUUUGAAAAAAAAACAUUCCACCCGCGGCAGCGCCAGCUUGAACAAAAUACUCCGGAUAUCACCGUCGAGUCACUACAGCAGACCUCACCUCACGAUCCUCUCCGGCACAAAAACCACACAGUCAAGAUGCAGUUCUCAACUCGCUCAGCCCUAGUGGCCCUCCUCAUGGCCGCCGAUGCCAUGGCAUGCGGCAAGGGUUAUCACCGCAAGCACCACAAGCACACGACUCUGUCCACCUCGACCCUGGUCGCAACUACCGUGCCGUCGUCUACCCCCGUUGCCGAGGCCCCUGCGAUCCCCACCAUCCUUCCCCCAGUCGUCGAGAGCCCUGCGCCGUCGCCGUCGCCGUCGUCGUCGUCGUCUUCGAUCGUCAUCGAGCCCAGCACGACCUCGUCGUCCACCGCGGCCUCUACGCCGACCGCGCCUGCCACAUCCGGCCUCACCGCCGACGAGCAGGCGGCCCUGGACAGCCAGAACAACGCCCGUGCCGAAGUUGGCGCUACCGCCCUCACCUGGGACGCCGGCCUCGCCGCUGACGCUCUGGAGUGGGCCCAGCACCUCGCCUCCACGGCUGGGUCCUCCGGCACGCUGACUCACUCCGACACCACCUCGGACGGUGAGAACCUGUACUGGCAGAGCAACUCUCCUUCGCCCUACGCCAACGCCGCGAACGCCUGGGUCGGUGAGAAGAACCUCUACAACGGCGAGCCCAUCACCGGCUCCGGCAACUUCCAUGAGUACGGCCACUACACCCAGGUCAUCUGGGCCUCGACCUCCAAGGUCGGUAUGGCCGUCGCUGAUGACGGUGCCGGUGGCUUCUACGUCGUCGCUCGCUACAACCCUGCGGGUAACAUGAUUGGCGAGACCCCCUCUUCGGGUUAAGUCUUCUCUCUUUUUCGAAAGCAUGUUGCAUAUGCCAGCGAUCGCUCGGGCUCCAGUGACGCGGCAUCUGGGAGGCACAAAGCGUUGACCGCGUAGACGUCAAAAGGUUCUUUCUUGGGGAUCUUGCCCUGGUCAAGACCAAAACCACAAUUCAAAACCACACCAAAGAUGGCUUUCAUCGUUUCGGGGAUGGAAGAGUUGGAAGACAGCUCUCGUCCUAAUUGCGCAGGCCUGUUCCUUCGCAGGACGGCCCCGCAAACCUUUUGUUUCGUUCAUUCUGUACAUAUUUGCAUUCCACGAUCAUCACGAACGAGAUCACGUUGACAUUAUGAAGUCGGCAACUGUUUUGUCCGCAUCCUCUUUUUGGUGACUGGUAGUAAACGUGACACGUGGAGAGAGAAGUGUUGGUCGCUGCCAGUUGAAGAGAGACGCGUUGCGGUCAGGAUCUUCAGGUGCUCUGGCGCGCGUGGGUGUAAUUCCGCCCCUUGGCACUGGUGGUCUACCUAACGUGUACAUACCUAGAAGUCUGCAGGGUUACCCUGGGCCGUCAUAAUGGCGUUACCUGUGAGGUCCACCCAAUCUCCGGGUUACAUUGACUAUGUUCAUGCAGAUUUCGAGCCGCAACGAUUUCACUCUACAUCCAUGGAUGUUUGAAAGAUGGAAUAUGGGAACAUCGAGCGAAUUGAGCGCUGUUUGUUGUUGGGUUGAAGUGUUUCAGUUGUAGGGAUUUGGGUGUCUGCGGGUAACAUCCCAUGGUAUAUGUAAGGUCAGAAAUCCAACCUCGAAUACCAUCCAGACAGCAGCCUCGACAGCAGCCUCUUCGAGGAUUACGCUGCGUCGUAAGCGAAGAUAAGCAAAGAGCUCGUGUUAUCUCACAAGGUCUGAGCGAUAAAUUCUGAGAGAAAUGUGCGUGUUGUACUCAGUGCACAGGUAGCCUUGCAGAUUCGAGGCGUGGAGGAGCCGGUCUUCCGGAUUUGUUCUGCUUGACUAGCAGUGAAC